CAGGUGUUGCUUCUCGAUUCUAGACCAUUUAUGAAGUUUAACGAGGGUCACCUACCUGAAGCCACCAAUAUUCAUUGUCCUCCGAUAUUAAAGAGAAGAUCUAAUGGUUUUAUUCCACUUGUAAAUAUUGUACCAUGUGAAGCUAAAAGGAAUCGUUUAGUAGCUGGUGAAUAUAAAUUGGUAGUGGCUUAUGACCAGGAUACCAGUGAAUUAACCAACGCUAAUAAAGAUUCCAACCUAUAUUCAGUAUUAAACAGUUUAACACAACAAGUAACUGUACCCAGUCUAUACUAUAUCAUAGGUGGUUACCAAGUAUUUGAAGAAUUUUACCCUAGUCUAUGUGUAUCUCAGACUAUUCUAUCUAAUCUUAUUUUUACACAACCACCGCUUUUAACUAUUUCAUCACCUAGAGGAGAAUGCUUGAGUGAACCAGUUGAGAUAUUUCCUCAUAUAUUCCUGGGAGAUUCCGGUCACGCCUCACAGAAAGAUAUCCUAGACAAACUGAACAUUAAAGGGGUAUUAAACGUAUCAUCACAGUGCGCCAACCAUUUUCCCAAUGAUUAUGAAUAUAUGACAAUCCGGGUGUCCGAUAACUCAACUGCUGAUCUUUCAUCGUGGUUUGAACCAUCUUUUAAUUUUAUAGAAUCGAUGAUUGAAAACGAUUGCAAUGUUUUAGUCCAUUGUCACGCUGGCGUCAGUCGAUCAGUAACUAUCUGUUUAGCUUACCUCAUGUUCAAAAGCCAUCUGAGUUUGGAUUUAGCUUAUGAACAUAUUCGUGCAAGACGAAGCAUCAUCGACCCAAACCUGAACUUUAUGCAACAACUGAGAAAGUAUGAAAGUGAACUCCUUGGUGCUCAUUCCUUAAAGGGUUGUUCCCUUCUAGAACGCAGUUUUACAUCGCCUGGUACACCUACAACCAUCAAAACCUUCAAGUUUCCGACUCCAACACCA